AUGGCUUCGACGGCAUUCAAAGUUGUCAUUGUUGGCGGUGGUGUUUCGGGCCUCACACUGGCAAACGCUCUCGAACGUGCCAAAGUCGAAUAUGUACUUUUGGAGAGCAAGGGACAAUUCGCACCUGCUGUCGGUGCCUCGAUAGCAAUCGGCCCGAAUGGCAACCGCGUCCUCGAUCAGCUAGGAUGCUAUGAUACGAUAGAGCGACACACAGACCCUCUUGUCCAUACGAGAACGUGGAAGGAUGGCAAGCUGCUGAGGUUUACGGAUCAGCCAGUGCUCAGUCAUAAACGGCUCGGCUAUCCCAUCUACUUCUGUGACCGUCACCUUCUCCUUGCCACACUUUACGACAAUAUCAAGGACAAGCGUAAUCUGCUUCUCAACAAGAGAGUUUCGAGAAUCGACCACAACCACAAAGCUGCAACCGUCCAGUGCAAGGAUGGAACCACAUACACUGGAGACGUCGUUGUCGGCGCCGAUGGGGUGCACAGCAUUGUACGACAGGAGAUGUUCCGUCAUUUGGAGGUCAAUGAGCCAUAUCUGCUGGCUCCAUCUGACGAAAACGCGAUGUCAUCAGAGUACAAGUGCAUGUAUGGCGUUUCGAAGUCAACAUCAGGGCUCGACAGGCCAGAGGAUGCCGGCAUAUUCAACCAAGUCCUUGGCCAUGACCUCUCCUUCCUGCAUUCAAACGACAAGUCAGGCCGCAUCUUUUGGUUCAUCUUUGAGAAGCUGGACACGAAACACCAAUUCCCGAACAUUCCCACGUUCACGGAUGAUGAUGCUGUGGCUCUGGCGCAUCGAUCCUCGUCAGUCCAGAUGAACGACAAGGUGAGAUUCGCCGAGAUUUGGGAAAACCGCUUGGCGUACAAAUUGGUCCCUCUGGAAGAAGGCCUCUUUCGGCAUUGGACGUGGGGACGCUUUGUAUGCAUUGGAGAUUCGGUUCACAAGUGGACGCCUAAUAUUGGGCAAGGUGGCAACAACGCAAUCGAGUCCGCUGCUCUACUUGCCAACAAGUUAUUCCAGCUUGCGCACCAAGCUCCUAACCUUUCGGGAAAGGAAGUGGAACAAGCAAUGAAGAGUUUCUACGACAGACGGCUACCACGAGCAGCAUCGACCUUCAAGCUCGCAAACCUUGUAACAAGACUAGAGGCACUCAAAAGCCCGAGGGAGGAAUUCUUAAUCCUAUCCGUCAUCCCUCGAGUUGGAGACUGGCUCAUCAACCAGAUCACACUUGGCACUGUAGGAGCUGAGAAAGUCGACUACUUACCGGCGCCGAAGAGAUCUUUCCAAGGCACCAUGCGCUUCAAUCAGGCAAGUCUCCCUCCUGACGAAUACUAUAUCCCGAGCUUCCGACUCUACCCGCUCGUUAAUUAUGGAACGGGGACGAAGCAGCCAUUUGCCAAAAGGGUGUCCCUUGCUCUCCCUUUCCUGCUUCUCAGCUUCCUCGCACAUCGCAUCUUCUCCUAUAUCGUGGCUCAACCUGCCUUGCAGAGUUCAGUCGCUAGGAGCCUUGCAUCUGGCCAGCUCGAAUUCAAAGGUCAGGUUUGCCACCUUCCGACACAGCUUAACCCGUUCGCCCUGCUUGUGACACUGUUCUCUCCCUCUCUCCUGGACAUUGACCCGUUGCAAAAGAUCCAGGCGGUCUCAUUCCUUGUCGAUUUGUCGCCCAUAUGGCUGAUCUACAUCCUCGAAGCGCAUCGAAGGGCUAACGAAUUCAAAUUCACCUUCACACUUCCGCUUCUCUAUGGAGUUGCCUUCCAGCUCUUCGGGAUUGGUGUGGUCGGGCCUAUUUGGUUCUUCGUGCACUAUGUACAGAGUCCAGUCGCGGAUUAUGCGGCAAAGGACUGGCGACUCGUCAAUGUUGCCGCGGCAAAGACGGCGGGCGUCGCUGUAUUCCUGGCGUUCACAAUUCCAACCUUGGCGAUGUAUUAUCUGCAGGACCAUAACCACCGCUUGGCCGUCAACGCAAUCUGGCAAGCAUUUCCGGUCCUCUCCAUCCUACUUCACUACGUGCUCCGAAAGACUAUUGUGAAGGAUACGACAAGACACGAUCGAAUCUACCAUGUCGAGGCCGAUAUGCCUUACACUAGGAUGGCGAUCUGGUCUUUCACCAGUAUUUCGGCGUUGGUGUUCAAUGCAGUCCGCUAUACCGCAGGUACUUCCCUCGCGACAUUAUUCUUUCCGGAUUGGGAACCUCUCAGAUCUGCUACCUCCUCUGGGGAUGGGACUUUCGACCUGGUCUCCGGCAUGAGACUGUUCUUGCAGGUCGAUGAGAUUGUGUGCUUCGGGGCUGCAUUCCUCUGGCUGGCGUAUCUGAUCUGGGAUCUCAAGGAGGCCGAGAUGACGUCUGUCAGCUGGAUAAAAGUCGCCGUAUUUGCUAUCGCAGGCACAUAUCUGAUCGGGCCUGGAGCGGUGGUCCUGCUCAGUUGGUGGUGGAGGGAGAACAUUCUUGCCACCAAGCAUCCGAAGGGAUCGGUGGGUCCUGAUACCUGA